UGGGGAUGUUUUGAUCAGAGGGACACAGGGCUGCCGACUGCCCGAAUGGCCCCAGCAGCGCUGGGCCUACCUGCUACAACUGCGGACAGCCGGGUCAUAUGUCCAGGGACUGCGACCAGGCGCCCAGCGGCGGUGCUGGAGGCGGUGCGAGGACCUGCUACAAGUGCGGCCAAGCCGGCCACAUUUCGCGCGACUGCCCCGACGCCGGUGCCUUCGGAGCUAGUGGAACUGGCGGCGGCCGCUCGUGCUACAACUGUGGCGAGCCGGGACAUCUCUCGCGCGACUGCCCCACUGGCGGCUACGCUGCCUUCGGUGGAAACAGCCGUGGUGGCGGUGGUGGACGUGCUUGCUACACGUGCAACGAGGUCGGCCACCUGAGCCGGGACUGCCCUCAGGGCGGUGGAGGCGGUGGCGGUGCCUUUGGAGGCAGCGGCCAGAAGUGCUACGUGAGUCCAAAUCCUUAGUGUAAUCCUCCGUGCGUCAGCUAACGGUGACAUUCACAGAACUGUG